GUGGGUAGCAUAACAACACUAGACGAAUUACAGCGCUCUCAGCUCCUCAGCGGCGUCCUCGACAUUCAUUGGUCCUUAUGAGUCAUCCGAAGCGGUAAACAACUAUCCCCUUAGGAGCUCCGUCCACAAUGCCCAACUUGGAUCCUGAUCCGAAGCGGAUAUCACUGGAUAUCUCACAACAAUGUUCACAACACCAUCGAUCUCAAUCACCUCAAAGUACAACCGAUCCCUCACCAGCAUUAACACAUAAAUCUGCGCUCAGUAUCUCAAAUCUUGAGCUGGAUCUCUCCCUCUCGUCAGCUUUAUCCGCAUUGAUAGAUCACCUCUUGUCACCUCUCAACCGAUGUUAUACGCCUACGGUCCUCUCGGCUCUCAGACUUCACCUCACCUCUUCCUUGACUGAACUGUUUGCACCUUCUUGGGAUAUCGCACAUCCUCAGUAUGGCUCAGGUUUCAGGUCUCUGAUCUGCGACAAUCAACAUGGUCUACCGAAACCUCUCAAGGAAUCGGCAAUGGAGUCGGGCGUUGUGGAGCAUAUAUGGAUCAGGCAGCUGUCAAAGCCCGUCGACAAAGAGGCUACCGAGGCCGUCAGACGUCGAGCGAGGGAAUGGGAAGCUUGGUGUGAUCCUGGGACUGUCAUGUGGCGAUAUGGUGGUUGGGAGUGGGAAGACUCUGCCAAUGAUCCAGUAAGAAUGGUCCGAGAACCGCUUCAGAUCAUAUGGCAGGCAUCCACUUCUCCAAAGCUCAUCGCUCCUCGUCCUACCGCCUCCGAAUCCUCGUCCACACCGAACCCCACUCGGACUUCCCACGCCAUACCUAUCCGCGCUCCUGUCCCGCUGCCCUCGGUCUUUGCGAUCCCUCCAACACCGGCUACCCAAUUCACCUCCCAGCAAGUUUCCCUCAGCACAGACCUCUUACCCGCCGCCCAUUUCUCUCGCACCCCUUCCCCGGCGCAUUCGGAGGCUUCGUCAGGCUACUCGUCGUCAACUGGACGUAGCGACGGAUUCGUCUCGCAUCAAGGCACCUCACAAACAAGCAUGGGCAGCUCUGAUGACAUGACCAAGCCUCCGUCGCGAGGAUCUCACCGAGGCUCUGGCUCCGGAUCUACCAGCUCGAUCGAGUCCGACAAUUCUGGGCCGAUUCAGCCCAUCACUCCAGACGCUCGUCCGGCGUCAGCGGAUGGCUUUCCACCCACACUGCUACCAGAAGUCAACAGGGAUCAUAUUGACUCAGGGACUGCCCGAGGUCGAGAUUUCUCACCUUUGACUCCGAAGGAAGAGGUCUCUUCUCCUGGGUCGACACCUACUCCCACCGUAACACCUUACGAUGGAGGCAAUGUGACUGUCUUGGGAGGUGGAGUCAAACUCGGAGGCAUGUCUCGACCGGGUAGCCGAACGCCUCACGAUCGAUCCCGAUCCCCCUCCAUCUCAUUGGCUUCCCGUGCCCUGUCGAGCGCAAUGGGUCCAGGUCAGGGAAAUCGUAAAGUCCGAACGAGGAGAAGGAUCAUGCCCACGUAUCUCGGUCAUUUGGGUCAACCAGGUGUCGGAGGCCCCAUCAUGGGAGCCUUUGGCAUGCCUCCCAUGCCACCUGGCACAUGGCCGACUACGAACGCCCCUGCUGGAACCGGCUUAGGUGUCGGAGUUGGCGUUGGACCUCCUCCCGUGAACCCUCGAGGGUCAGGUCAAGGAAUGCCGAGAAUGGGAUCAUGAUUGGGUCUUCCGAGACACUGUUCCCCUUUGUUUCUAGAGCCUCGUGACGACUUG